AGUGGAAGCAAGACUUAGAAAGAGGGCAUUCUGGAAUUGUGAGAAAUUAAGAUGGCUUUUCCACGCACCUCCUUCGUCUUGCUAGUGAUGCUUUGGGCGAUUGCUGUUCGCGGACAAGAUUGCAAUGGUUUGGUGACGACGGUGGUAUCGCAAUGCUCGGGUUCUUACGUGAAUGGAAGCCCUCCCAGCGCUGGCUGCUGCGGAGCCGCUAGAGCGGUGUCGGACGGGUGUUUGUGUCCCAAAGUCACGCCCCAGAUCGCCGAUGCGGUCAACAAGCAACGUAUCCAGGCCAUGGCAUCGGCUUGCAAUAGGCCCUUGCCAAGAACUUGUGGAGCUCUACAAUUCCCAAGUCGAAAAUAAUUUGAUGUCUAUGAUUUAUAAAUGAUGAAGUUAUUGAAUA